GCUGCUCCGUCUUAUUGUGAAAAAUGUAACCGGAAGUAACUUCUACUUUCAUUUAGUCCAUCUAUCGACGACAUGUGAGGGAGACUUGAACAGGAAGAGGAAAAAAGGCUACAGACGUACCGGAUCGAGUAAAAGGCAGGGUGGAGCAGAACCUUUGAAGAGCGACAGUCCGCAAAAUCUAAGCCAGUCUGCUGAGACGUUUUUUAAUAGCAAUAAGAGUUUAUUAGGGCCGAUACAGAAUGUCCGGACAGAGCAUUACUGACAGGAUCACGGCCGCUCAGCACAGUGUCACCGGCUCGGCGAUUUCGAAAACUGUCUGCAAGGCAACCACUCAUGAAAUAAUGGGGCCAAAAAAGAAACACUUGAACUACUUGAUUCAGUGCACCAACGAGAUGAAUGUGAACAUCCCUCAGCUGGCUGAUACACUGUUUGAGCGGACUACCAGCACCAGCUGGGUGGUUGUCUUCAAGUCUCUCACCACUACACACCAUCUGAUGGUCUAUGGCAAUGAGAGAUUUAUACAAUAUCUGGCUUCAAGAAACACACUUUUUAACCUCAGCAACUUUUUGGACAAAAGUGGCCUACAAGGCUAUGAUAUGUCAACGUUCAUCAGGAGGUACAGCCGCUACCUGAAUGAGAAGGCUGUCUCCUACAGACAAGUCGCAUUUGACUUCACUAAAGUGGAACGCGGGUCUGAUGGAGUCAUGAGAACCAUGAACACAGAGAAACUCCUUAAAACCAUUUCUGUCAUUCAGAAUCAGAUGGAUGCGUUACUUGAUUUCAAUGUCAACGCCAAUGAACUGACAAACGGUGUGAUCAAUGCAGCCUUCAUGCUUCUGUUUAAAGAUGCAAUCCGACUGUUUGCGGCCUAUAAUGAGGGCGUAAUCAACCUCCUGGAGAAAUACUUUGACAUGAAAAAAGUUCAAUGCAAAGAAGGAUUGGACCUGUACAAGAAGUUUCUUACACGAAUGACAAGAAUCUCCGAGUUCCUCAAAGUUGCAGAGCAAGUUGGAAUUGAUCGAGGAGAUAUCCCAGAUCUGUCUCAGUUUACAGUGUGUGCCCCAAGCAGUCUGCUGGAUGCGCUGGAGCAGCACUUGGCCUCUUUAGAGGGAAAGAAAGUCAAAGAUUCAACAGCAGCCAGCAGAGCUAGCACCCUCUCCAGUGCUGUCUCUUCCCUGGCCAACACCGGCAUGUCUUUCUCCAAAGUGGACGAGAGAGAAAAGCAGGCUGCCCUGGAGGAAGAGCAGGCUCGCCUCAAAGCACUGAAAGAACAGCGUCUGAAAGAGCUCCAAAAGAACCCCACUACAGCGACCACAGACUCCUCCCCCGUCUCUCUGGAUGGGACCAUAGACUCUGCCCCUGUUCUUGACCCCUUCUCAACCACCAACUCGACCAGCAGCACCUUCAGCGCAGCCAGUGACCUACUGGACCUCCAGCCGACUUUCCAGCAGCCUCUCUCCACCACCAACAUAUGGGGAGACUCUUUCGGUGGGCCGUGCCCUUCCAACACCACUGCUCUGUUCCACUCUGAGCCUGCUGUAGCUGGUCUGUUCACAGCAGGGUUUACAGCCUCCCCAGCUCCUCAGCAACCACAGAACCUGCACUUUAUCAAUGCAGACUUUGACUCUGUUUUUGGCAACAACACUAAUGCCAACAACUUGGAUUCCACAGGUGGCAUCCUAAAACCUACAGUGGCAUCCUCGCCACAUCAGAGCAUGACUUUAAACAGCCAGCAGCCCCACCCCAAGUUGGUUUCUGAUGAUCUGGAUUCGUCACUUGCCAAUCUUGUUGGGAAUCUAGGAAUUGGGAACGGCAGAGCAAAGAAUGAUCUUCACUGGAAUCAGUCGGACGAGAAGAAGCUGACUGGUGGAACUAACUGGCUACCCAACACAGCUCCUUCCACCACCUGGAACCCUGCAACCAUGGCACCAUCUGCUGUGGCUUUCCCUGCAGCCACACCAACGGGCAUGAUGGCAUAUGCAAUGCCUCCCCGAAUGGGAUCCAUGAUGAUCACACAGCCUACUAUGAUGUAUACUCAGCCUGUGAUGAGGUCACCUAACCCCUUUGGGCCCAGUCCUGGUGCUCAGAUGCAGUUCAUGUAACCAGCCAGAGGAGGCGCCUUUCACAUCUGAGGACGAUUCACAGCAAAGUCGAUUAUUCAGGCAAACUUCCUGUUUGCUUCCAAUGAACUCGCCUCUCUGAGAACGAACGGCUCAAAAAAAGACUUCUUGAAUAAGAUCACAGCGACUUGGAGCGGCUCUGGCCAUUUCACAGAGGAUGUUGUGCCUAUCUGAUUAUAUCCAAGUCAUAAAAGGAGAGAAAGCGUGCUUGCUGCCAUUUCAAACCAUGCGAACGGGACAUUUCCUGACUAUGUCUUUGAUUAAGAGAAACACAACAUCCAUAGGAAGCUUUUUGAUAUCACUGUUUUAUCUGCCGGGGGAAAUCACACAGCUUUGUGACCACGCCUCCUGCUGUUUGAUUUGUCUUUUUAGCUCCUCCUGUCCAGGUGAGGCUGGGAGAGUCGUUUCUUUCACUGAUCAUUUAUGAUUAACCUCUUUAAGCAUCCUCAUAUUAGCAAAACAAGCAAACUCCUGUUUUGAUAUAUUGUUUGCAAUAGACAUUCCUUGUGUAUUGUUUGUAUUUAUUUAUAAUUACCACAGACAGAAUUGCAUUAGAAACAAAAAGCAAAUGUAACUACUCUCUGACCUCCUGUUAGGGAGCGUCUUCAGGUUUAUAAUUAUUCUUGAUUGUAGAAUUGGAUUUUGUGUGAUUGAGAUUAUUUUUUAAAAAAGAAGUUAAUAUAAAGAGAUGUCAUUUUUGAUGUUAGGGCACUAAAUAGUCUUUGUAUUCUGGUUGUCGGUGGCUCAGUGAGUCACACUGUUAACGUAAUAAUUCACUAGUACCAGCAAACGACUGGGCUCAGUUUCUAUGAAUCUGGUGUUUGAUCAUUAUUCACGUCAGUGAGAGGACUGCAUUUAGUCAUCAGGACAGUAUUGCACUGAAUACUCAUUUAUGCUUUUGAUGCUUGCAUUUACUCUUACAUCAGAGGUGUGUCUGUGUGGGGGCAGGUGAGUGGGUGUGGGUGUGGGGUAGAGACAUAGGAGAGUAGCUGUUGAUCAGUGCUCAUGCUGCCAGUCACAGGAUGGGUGGUUGCAGGUAUGAAAGAUUGCUUAAACAUGACCUGACUCCAUUAGCUUUGCUUAUUUUGCGCAUUGUCACUCAGAUUAUUCACCCCCCCCCCAAAUAAAGUACACAUUUCCACACUU